AGACAAAAGGAAACAAUUGGGUAUUUGAAUUAUUAUGUUGUGGUACAGUUAAAAAAAUUUUAGAAAGGAAACUGUUCUGGGAUAAUUAGCUGGUGGUGGGCGCCUGGGUUCUCACUCUGCCUAGCUCCUCAAUAUAUUCUAUGGCGUCCUUAAAUUCGGUUUCCAGGUCGCCAACCAGCUUGGCCGUCUCGUUUGCCUCGCCGCUGGGCCUGGUGAUAGGGAUAUUGAUCAAGAAGGCACCAAUUAACUCUGACCACUUGAACACACCAUCGGCGGCCUUGAUCCUCUCGUCCAAUGCCUGCUCCAACGCCUGCUUCUGCUCCGCAGACACGUCGUCCUUGAGCCUGAUGGCGUACUCUUGGAAUUUGACGGGGGCGCUUUCAUCAGGAGAGGAAGUGCUGUCGUGCUUCUUGAAUUUGGAUAAUACGCGCUUGAUGCGAGUGGUUAGACGACGGAAAAUAGCCAUGUUUGUUAUGUUGUGUAUAAAAUGUACAGUAUGUCUACUUGCUGGUCACAUUGUUAUUGCGAAUUAAUUCGCCCGUGAUGUUUUUUUUUCUCCUUUGAAAUGCUCUCUUGUCCUCGAUUCUAGAAUAAGUACAAAGUAAAAAAAGGGUAAGGGUGGUGAAGAAGAAGGAAAAGGAGGAGCACGAUGGGAAUUAAAAAAUAUCCGAUAUCCACACCACUAUUACCGCCAACAUGGCGAGGAUUGGGCAGGAAAAAAAUAGACAAUGGUAAAAGAAAUUAAGUAAAUGUCUGCGAGUGACUUGAUUUAGGUUGACGACAAUUACAUCGCCGAUAGGUUUAUAAAAAAUAGUAUUUUAUAAACCAAAAUCUCCAAGACUAAAGAUAUUUCAACCAAUAUUGCUCAUCCGAAAAUCGACUAGGGCAAUAUAUAGCCCUGAA